AAAGGAAAUAACUGAAAUGGCUGGAAAAGAUUACGAAUUCGUCUCUGGUUCACCAAUACAAGAUGGAAAUCUGAUUGAAAUGGCAGAUAUAGAUGUUCAUGAACAACCAAAUGACAUUGAAAAAGGAAUUUCAACUCGAUUCAGGUCGCCUUCUCUUCAUCUACUUUCUGAAUCAUACUUCAACAUAUGCGUACCCCUAAAGAAUACUGCGUUAAGAGGUGACAUAGAAGAAGCAAGAUGUUUGUUAAAACUGAAUCAUCAUCAAUCAGUGCUAUGUGCAGCAAUCACAGAGAAUCAUGAAACUGUUCUUCAUGUAGCAACUGGUGCACGACACGUCGGUUUUGUACAGGAGAUAAUAAAAUUGAUGGAGCCGGUAGACUUAAUGUUGCAAGACAAAAAUGGGAACACUGCCUUUUGUGUUGCUGCAAUGGUUGGAAGUUUACAAAUUGCUAAGAUUAUGCUGAAAAAAAAUGCAAGUUUGCUGACAAUCCGAGGAGGUCAACAGAUGACACCACUGUAUUUAGCUGCUUUGUUUGGACAUGGCGACAUGGCAAAGUUUUUAUACGCUGUUACUAAGAAGAAUCUGACUGCAGAUGACAGAAAAGCUACGUUUCUUAUCAGUGUACAUAUGGGUCUAUAUGACUUUGCAUUGACAAUGUUUGAAGAUGAUAAAGAACUAGUUGUAGCUCGUGCUCCACAGGGGACAUCCUUGCAUAUGUUGGCACAAACUCCCUCAGCGUUUGCUAGCAGAAGCCCAGGACCCUGGAAAAGACUUGUCAACUGGUUCCCAGGAAUGAAGUUUGCUCAGGAUGCUGACUUGACUUCAACUCAAGCACUGAAAUUAGUCCAAUGUCUUUGGAGAGAAACACUAAAGCUACAAGAUGUGGAUAUUUUGGAACUAAUAAGAAACCCUUCAAAUUUAUUAUUCGAUGCUGCUGAACUGGGGAACUUCGAAUUCUUGGCUGUGCUUAUUCACUCAUAUCCUGAUUUGGUUCAUGAAACAGAUGAAAAUUAUCGAACCAUUUUUCACAUUGCAGUUUUAAAUGGUCAUACCAAUGUAUUGAAUCUACUCCAUGAGUUCGGCUUCGCUAAGGAGUUAUUAAUGACCUAUUUAGAUAAGGAUCAGAAUAACAUAUUACAUCUAGCUGCCAAAUAUCGACAUCGAAGUUCAGUGAGUGGUGUAUCAGAUGCAGCUUUAGAACUGCAAGGAGAGUUACUAAAGUUUAAGGACGUGGAAAUGAUCAUAAAACCUUCAUUUAAAGAGAAGAAAAAUUCAGAGGGCAAAACACCUCGUGAGUUAUUCAUCACUGAGCACGAAGAACUAUUAAAAAGUGCAAAAUCUUCGACAAAGAAGACAGCUAGCUCAUGUAUGAUUCUCGCAUCAAUUAUCACGAUUGUGAUGUUCCAUCAAUUAUCACAAUUCAAUUUACCCGGUGGUAACGACGGUGAAAUAGGAAGAUCAAUAAACAUGAGGGACACUUUAUAUCAGGUUUUUUCUGUGGCAAAUGCAGUCGCAUUAUUCUGCUCUUCCAUCUCAAUGCUGAUCUUUUUGUCCAUUUUCACAUCACAUUAUGCUGAAGAUGAUUUUCUCAAGUUGAUGCCACUCAAAUCGAUGACUGGACUCUCAGCACUCUUCAUGUCUAUAAUCACCAUGUUGAUCGCUUUUAGCUCAGUCUUUCUCAUAAGUUAUUGUAAUUAUAAUGUAUAAUAAUAAGUAACAAAAAAUUGA